AUUUAGACGCGGCUUUCCUUUCCUCCAAAGCCCCCCCUCUCUUCUCUCACUUCUCUCUCUGCUCUCAACUUUUCUCUCUGAUUUGACCGAGUUUCCCAACCCCCAUGCUCACUCGUUGACUCGCCGGAGCACCCGAUUCACCUGAACCCUAAGCUCCGCGAUGAAUAGCGCACCGCCGCGGAGAGGCCUCGAAGUCUACGAUUUCGUCGACGAGGACGAGUUCCCGGACCCGGUCGUCAAAUUUUCCGGCAAACUCAAAAACCCUAGCCGCGAGGACCAUCGGAAUUCGAAGGACGAGUUUCUCCAACCUGGUUCGAAAGAAGCCAACGUUCAAGCCAAAGAAAUCAGUAGCAUACCUUGUGUAGAAGUUGAUGAAGUUGACACUGACCACUGUUGUAAAAAUGCUAUUUCUCAUUCUCCUCGGUAUACAAUUGAAGAGAGGCUUGCCAUCGUAAAUGAUUUGAAACUCAGUGCUGCCACAGACUCCAGUCAUGAACAAUCUGAUUUAUGUUCGAAAGAAGCCAACGUUCAAGCCAAAGAAAUCAGUAGCAUACCUUGUGUAGGUGUUGAUGAAGUUGACACUGACCACUGUUGUAAAAAUGCUAUUUCUCAUUCUCCUCUGUAUACAAUUGAAGAGAGGCGUGCUAUCAUAAACGAUUUGAAAUUGGGUGCUGCCACAGACUCCAGUCAUGAACAACAAUCUGAUUUAUGUUCGAAAGAAGCCAACGUUCAAGCCAAAGAAAUCAGUAGCAUACCUUGUGUAGGUGUUGAUGAAGUUGACACUGACCACUGUUGUAAAAAUGCUAUUUCUCAUUCUCCUCUGUAUACAAUUGAAGAGAGGCGUGCUAUCAUAAACGAUUUGAAAUUGGGUGCUGCCACAGACUCCAGUCAUGAACAACAAUCUGAUUUAUGUUCGAAAGAAGCCAACGUUCAAGCCAAAGAAAUCAGUAGCAUACCCUGUGUAGAUGUUGAUGAAGUUGACACUGACCACUGUUGUAAAAAUGCUAUUUCUCAUUCUACUCGGUAUACAAUUGAAGAGAGGCUUGCUAUCAUAAAUGAUUUGAAAUUGAGUGCUGCCACAGACUCCAGUCAUGAACAACAAUCUGAUUUGGACAAAGUCAGUAACAUACUUUAUGCAGGGGUUGAUGCAAUGGACCAUGAUCAUUGCAGUGAUAGUGCUAGUUUAGAUUCCCGCCCGGGCACAAUGGAAGAGGAUCCGGCUACAAAAAAGGAUUAUUUGGAAUUGGAUGCUGCUACACAAUCCAAAUUUUUGAGUCAUGAACAACAGUCUGAAUUAGAUGACAAUGGACGCAGAAAGUUUCUUUCUGAAACAGAGACUGGCGGUUCAGAUGUUCCCUCACCUUCCCCCCAGACAAGCCAGUUAGACUGUGACCUUACAGUGUCCCCUUCCAGUAACGACCCAGUUGAUGUUAUUUCAGAUGCUGAUGAAAGCACAAGUGAGUCUCCAUCAAGUCCCCUAUCCCCAAUUGAAGAGGAUGACGGUUCUUUGGGUACUUAUGAAUUGGGUCAUUGCUCAGGCAAUUUUGAAAUGGAUAACAUAAAUAUGACGGUUGUUCUUUAUCCGGAUUAUGUUGUAUAUGGGGAUAGUUAUUGUACAGGAGCCCAGCAGUUAACCUUCUCUCACAGUUGCAUCAAAAUCAGUGGUUUAGCACUGUCUGAAAACGACAAAACUUUGAAUUUUGAAUGGGGAGUUGAUGAUCUUGUCAAUGUUGAGUGUCAGUGGGUUCAAAAUGCUGAGUUUGUCAUGAUAAAACUCCAUGUACUAUCAAAGGAUGCAGAUGGAGAUGAUGGUGCACUUGGUAUUUCAGGCAUUGAGGAGUUGAAAAUUGGAGUUGUUGAACCCAACUGGUCACAGCAACAAGAAAGAAUAGCAUGUUUGAAUGAUAAAUAUUUGGAUAUAUUGGAACCGGUGCAAAUAAGCAUGGAAGCGGACAAUUCACUUGGCCAGAGGCAUCAUUUUCCAAAUUUCGACGAGGAUUUUGAAACUGUUGUAUAUCCGGAGGGGGAUCCUGAUGCCGUUUCCAUCAGUAAGAGAGAUGUUGAUCUCUUACAGCCAGAGAUAUUUAUUAACGAUACAUUGAUCGACUUCUAUAUCAAGUAUUUGGAAAAUCGGAUUCAACCCGAGGAAAAGCACAGGUUCUACUUUUUCAAUAGUUUUUUCUUUCGAAAGCUGGCUGACCUGGACAAGGAUCCAUCCAGUGUUCCUGGUGGCAGGGCUGCUUUCCAACGUGUUCGGAAAUGGACAAGGAAAGUGGAUUUGUUUGAAAAGGAUUACAUCUUCAUCCCUGUAAACUUCAAUCUACACUGGACUCUAAUUGUUAUAUGUCAUCCUGGUGAAGUGCCUAGAUAUAAGGUUGGAGACUCAGGCAAGUCAGUUAAGGUACCUUGUAUAUUGCACUUGGAUUCUCUCAAAGGAAGUCAUACAGGUCUCAAAAAUCAUGUUCAAAGUUAUUUGUGGGAAGAGUGGAAAGAAAAGAAAAAGGAGACAUCGGAAGAAAUCUCAUCAAACUUUCACAACCUGCGGUUUCUCUCACUGGAGCUACCACAACAGGAAAAUACAUAUGAUUGUGGCCUGUUUUUGCUUCACUAUCUAGAGCUGUUUUUGGAAGAAGCUCCUGCUAUCUUCAAUCCAUUCGACAUAAACAAGUUCUCCACCUUUCUUAAUGCAAAUUGGUUUCUUCCUUCCGAGGCUUCUCUCAAGCGCACUCUUAUCCAGAGAUUAAUUUUUGAUCUCAUUGAAAAUCGUUAUCGGGAAGUCUGUUUGCCAGCUUGCAGUGAUGGAGAUCAGUCUAAAUAUCAGGGAUGUAAUCAGCUUGAAAUAGGUGCAAAGUUUCUUUCUGGAAGAUCCAGUCCUGCUAUAGCUUGCCAAGAAAAUAUAUCAACUUCUCAAGCAGACCACGGAAUCGAAAUGACUCUGUUACCCACAUCUUCUCUUAGGAGUUCUGAGUGUGUUAGUGAUGCAGGCCUGGUUCUCAGGGAAUUUUUUCAGUCAGGAGAAACUGCAGGUUCACUAUUUGGACAAUAUCAAUCCUUCGAACAGAAAUCGCCUUUUUACCAUCCUAAUGGAGCUACACCACCAGUAGAGGAAGAAACCCAAACUGGAGAGCAGUUUGCCUAUUUGGCUACGGGAGACACUGGCUUUCAAGAGAUGUCUACAAUCACAUCUCAAACUUGUGGUAUUCAAUGCUCUUCGAAAUCUUAUGGAGUUGAGACUUCGUAUAACUUGGGGGUGUCUGAACAGGCACCAAAUGGAAACAUUGAUGCAUCCCCUGACCGAUCAGUUUGUGCCUCUGAUCUUUCUGAAGGCAUAGAGAUCAUUGAAAAUGGUUCAGUUAGAGAAGAUUUAGGUCCAGGCCAGAAAGAAGAAAUGGAUGUACAAAAUUAUCCAUCAUUGGACAGUGUCACGUGUGUGGUAGAUGGCCUUGUUUCUGGUUUGGGUGAGGUGCAGAGCGGAUCCUUGAUUGAAGAAGGUUCUCAGGAUCAUGAAGGGGUGCAUGACGCACUUGAAAAUGGAGGUCCAAGUCGGAAAGAAGAAAGGGAUGUACAGACCCAUUCAUCAACAGAAGAUGUCUUGUGUCUAGCAGAUGGCCUUGUAUCUGGUUCAGGCAAUAUGCAGAGCACUUCUGUUACUGAAGAAAGUUCUCUGGACCAAAAAAAGGUGCAUGUUGGAAAUGAAAAUAGUGCUUCACUUCCCUUAUCCCAAGAAAUUUCUGAUAUACCCGUUCUUGAAGACGUUGACAUGGUAGGCAAUGGUACAAUCUCAUGUGAUAAUGGUUUGGUGGGCGAGUCACAGGAGCCAGAGUCUGAAGAGCAACGAGCUGCAAAAAGAAUGAGGCUUACACCUCCAGUUGAAGGGGAAAAAUGUCUCACAUGAAACCUUCAUGAGGAUUCAAAUUUACUGAUUUACUGAGGCCAUAGAUGACUCGUUUUCUAUCUCACGUAGUUGUUUGUGCAUAAGUAUGUGGUAGAUUAUUUUGAAUGCUGUGAAUAGUCAGGUCAGGUGGUGGCACCAAGGGUGUUAGUAUUGUCACCUGGGAAAGGGAGGAAAUUGAAUAGGAAGAAUAUGUUUUCAUGUGUUAGCCACAAACCAACAUUUCCUUGGAUCGAAUGAGGCCACAAUCCAAGUAUGAAAUUUAACCAUUUUUGUUUGUCUCAUAGUAUGGGCCCCUUCUCAGAUAAACAUAAUUUAUUUUGGAUUU